GUUUAAAUUACUUCAAUUCAUCCAUUCUCUAAAAUGUUUGAUAACUACAUUUAGACUUCAUGAAAAUGUAUUCCAAUUUGAUUGAUGUUGGUUGUGAACUAGUACCAAAAUCUAAACCUAUUUUUAUGUAAUAUCUACCAGCUGUGAUAUUGACAAGUUUAAACAUUUACCAUUUUUGGUUAUUAUGCCAUUACUUCAUGGAUGUAUUGGCUAUCAAGUGAUCUGACUCUGAAAAAUCUCAGGCUAGAUGUACUUGGAUAUAUGAGUCAUUCAUGGAUGAUGCCUUGUGUUUUUCUGAAUUGAAAGACCCAUUGCAAAUAUAACUUGUUUUCAUUCAGGAGUAGACAAGCUCAAAGUUUAAGGCUUCGGAAAAUAUUUUGCAAGUGUACAGAAAACUGUGACUGGAUAAGUCCUCCGCCUUUUGUAAUGGAAAGACCUUAAGCUAGACUUACAUAUAUAUUUUCUGAAAAGAUGAUUGAAUUUUUUGGUUGCUUGUUGUAUUAUUCAAGUGAUCGUUAUUGAAAGAUCCUUCAUCUUUCACAAUUCAUACAGUUACAAUCUGCAGAUGUCACUGUUUUUAGCUGUAGGGACACAAAGUCCAAGAGAAGAAAAGGAUGCUAACAUUGAUAGUUCAUAUAUCAACCGAAUGGUUCAUAUCAUCAUAUGUGUGUCUUGGUGUAUGUAUAUUUUCAAGAAAAAAGUUUUUCCCUUCCUUUUUUCCUUCCAUAUCCACAUUCCUGUUACUAUGAUUCUAUCUUUCAGCCUUUUCCUUAGCAAGUGGAUGCUCCCAUGAGUGUCUGCAAGCAUGGUAUUGCAAAGGUUAUCCUAAAGAGAGGGAAAACACAGCUCUUUCGUGAUGGAAGCCCAAUGGUUUAUAGUGGUUCAGUUGAUAGAAUCAUUGGUAGACCACCCCCGAAAACAGGUGACAUUGUGCUGGUGGCUGACGGGACACAAACGCCAAUCGGUUGGGGCUUGUACAAUUCUUUCUCUAUGUUCUGUGUUAGGCUCAUGCAGCUAGAGGAGGAAGUAUCAGGAGAUCCUUCUUGUGCAUUGAACGUGGAGAAGUUGCUUGAAACAAGAAUAGAUGCAGCAAUCAAAUUACGUAAGAAUUUGGGGAUCCCUUCUGCCAAUACGAAUGCAUAUCGUCUUAUAAAUAGUGAAGGAGAUAGAUUGUCAGGCCUUAUAAUUGAUGUCUUCGGCGAUUUAGCUGUGAUAGCCUCUUCAGCUGCUUGGGUUGAGAAGUACAAGCAGCCUAUUAAGAAGUGUAUUAAUGGUUUCAAUGUGGUCAAGAGUAUAAUCUGGAGGUCAUCAACCGAGAUAUUGAAAGAAGAAGGGUUAGAUUUGGCUGAUCUUGAUCAAGAAGAUUUAUCUGAAUCUCCUGAAAGGGUGAAGGUUGUGGAGAAUGGGAUAUCCUAUAUGGUCUCAUUGGAUGGACAAAAGACAGGAUUCUAUGCUGAUCAGCGGGAAAACCGUCAAUUCAUAUCGACCAUCUCGGAUGGUCAAAAAGUACUCGACAUGUGCUGCUAUACUGGUGGCUUUGCACUAAACGCUGCACGUAGUCAUGCUUUGAAUGUCACUGGUGUUGAUACGUCAUCUCCUGCUUUGGAACUAGCCAACCAUAAUAUUGUUCUUAACAACCUGGAUCCAGGGAGGAUAUCAUUCCUGAAACAAGAUGCAACAGUUUUCAUGAAGAAUGCUGCUUCUCGAAAUGAAGUAUGGGACAUAGUCAUUAUGGAUCCCCCUAAGUUGGCACCUCGAAGGAAGGUUCUACAAAGUGCAAGUGGGAUGUAUAGGAAUUUAAACUCACUGGCCAUGCGGUUAACAAAACCGGGUGGGUUUCUGAUGACUUGCUCAUGUUCAGGAGCUAUGACACAAAGUGGGCAGUUCUUGCCUGUUCUUCAGGGUGCUGCGGCAAUGGCUGGUAGGAAGAUAACAGUAUUACGCCAGGGUGGUGCAGCCUGUGACCAUCCUAUUGACCCAUCUUAUCCAGAAGGAGCCUACCUUUCCAACAUUUUGUUGAGAGUAGUUUGAACAUGGAUUGGCUGCCACUAACCCUCUGGAUUGCAACCUUCUUACACACAAAAAGAUGAGAAAAACCAGAAUAGAAAGAUGGUUUUUUUUUU